CUAAUGGCUCCAUGAUCCAGGAACGAACAUGGGCUGACUGCUUAUGCGAUGAUCCGGACCCCGUAUAAAUGAACUCUAUUCCGCUGAUUUGGGGGCCUGUCCAUUCGACAUUAUUGUAUCUACUAGCAAUAUCGACGAUCCAUCAGACUUCACAUGUAAUAAAUUGUUUGUCAACCUGCAACCUCCGAACUGUUUUCUCUACACGACAAUAGUGACUUUUCGCUCGCUUCCCAUCGAGACGCCGGCUCAUUGGUUUUUUUGAAUUGCUUUUCACACGUGUACUGAGACGUCAUCAUGGCACCAGCAAUAUACCGUCCAAACGACAUUGACAUCAUUGACAUUCGUCAAGAGGAGCUUGAGCUCUCUCUUGGAAAGGAAAUAGUCCGUGGCCUAAAUCCGCAAGAUGGCCGACCUCGAUCUCUUCCAACGAUUCUGUUAUACGAUACAGAGGGCCUGAAACUAUUCGAACAGAUCACGUAUCUGGAGGACUAUUACUUGACAAAUGCGGAAAUAGAAGUUCUGCUCACGCAUGCGAGAAGCAUUGUGGAACGAAUCCCAGAUAAUGCGCAAUUGAUUGAGCUCGGUAGCGGGAAUCUUCGCAAGAUCGAGAUAUUGUUGAAGGAAUUUGAACAGACCCGAAAGAAGGUGGACUACUAUGCCCUCGACCUUUCACUUGAGGAGCUCCAGCGUACAUUUUCAGAAGUCUCGGCGAGUACAUAUGCGCAUGUUCGAUUCCAUGGACUGCAUGGAACGUACGAUGAUGCUCUCACGUGGCUCAAGAACCCCGACAACAGGAAGCAGCCAACUUGUGUCCUGUCAAUGGGCUCUUCAAUCGGGAACUUCUCUCGGGACGGCGCUGCAGCCUUUCUACGAGGAUUCUCAGAGUUACUUGGUCCCUCAGAUUCCAUGCUCAUUGGACUAGACGCAUGCAAGGUUCCAGAGAAGGUGUACAGAGCCUAUAAUGAUCGAGAGGGAAUCACUCAUAAAUUCUAUAUGAAUGGGCUGGUGCAUGCGAACGUAGUGCUGGGCGUUGACGCCUUCAAGCUAGGUCAAUGGCAGAUUGUGAGUGCCUACGACGAGAAUGAAGGACGGCACCGUGCUUUCUAUUCCCCGGCACAGGAUGUAUCAAUAAACGGCAUCAAGCUGCGGAAAGGUGAGAAAAUCAUUAUCGAAGAGGCAUACAAAUACUCUGCCGAAGAAAGCGAGCAGCUGUGGCGCAAGGCCGGGCUGAUCCCUGUCACUGCAUUUGGUAGCAGCUCCGACGAGUACCAUAUCCAUAUGUUAUCUCCAGGGACCGUGGAGUUUCCUUCCAAAGUGGCGCAGUACGCUGCGCAGCCCAUACCUGGCCUGUCAGAUUGGCAGGCUCUCUGGUUGGCGUGGGAUAUCGUCACUAAAGGCAUGAUUCCAAAGGAGGAACUCAUGUCGAAGCCCAUCAAGCUUAGGAACGCCCUGAUCUUUUAUCUGGGGCAUAUCCCUACCUUCUUAGAUAUCCAUCUAACGCGUGGUCUGCAUGGUAAACCGACUGAACCAAAGUAUUACCAGUCAAUCUUCGAGCGCGGUAUUGACCCUGAUGUCGAUGACCCUGAGCAAUGUCAUUCCCAUAGCGAAAUACCAGAUGAAUGGCCCCCUGUUUCAGAAGUUUUGGAUUACCAAGACCGGGUUCGAGCUAGGGUCAAGUCUCUUCUGAAAAUGGAUAGCCUAGCACAGAAUCGACUCCUUGGAGAAGCCAUGUGGCUCAGUUUCGAGCAUGAAGCCAUGCACCUCGAGACCUUCCUUUACAUGCUGCUUCAGAGUGAAAGGACUCUCCCCCCUCCAGGUGUCAGUACGCCGAACUUUCGCGACCUUUGCUACCAAGCGAGGAGGGACCACAAACCAAAUGAGUGGUUCACAAUCCCGGAGCAGAAAGUCAACAUCGGACUCGACGAUCCCAAUCCAAAUGAGGUCCCACAAGCUUUCGGGUGGGAUAACGAAAAACCGCAGAGGACUGUGGUAGUGCCGGCAUUUGAGGCGAAAGCCAGGCCGAUAACUAACGGGGAAUUCGCACACUAUAUGCAAGAGAACCGAAUAAAGAACUGGCCGGCAUCUUGGAUACUGACAAGCAACGAGAGCAAUGGUGCUAUUGCCUCGAAUUCCGAGUUAAUCUCCAAACUCUCCGUCCGCACUGUCUUCGGACCCGUUCCACUCGAGUUGGCUGCUGACUGGCCAGUAAUCGCCUCAUACGAUGAACUUGCAGGAUAUGCCGAAUGGAAAAACUGCAGGUUGCCAACCUUUGAAGAGGCCAGGAGUAUUUACAAGCACUCGGCUCUUCUUAAAAGUUCUACGGUCGAUGGUGCGCAUCGCGGCAGCAAUCAUAUCGAUGGCAUCGACGGUACAGACAGUGAAAAUGGUAAACAUGCCUCCAAUGCCAAUACUACGGCUUCGAAUGGAAACUCUCACGAGGUCAACCCGCCGGGACCCCGUUGUCCAGAUCACCAGCCGGUUCAAAGACUUUCUCAUGAUACAAUGCCAGUGUUCCUUGAUCUCGACGGCUGCAACGUCGGGCUCAGACACUGGCACCCUACCCCAGUUACCCAAAAUGGCGACCAUCUUGCCGGGCAGGGUGAACUGGGAGGCGUCUGGGAGUGGACCAGCACGCCGUUAAUGCCGCAUGACGGCUUCAAGGCCAUGGAGGUCUAUCCUGGAUAUACAUCGGACUUCUUCGAUGGAAAGCACAACAUUGUACUGGGUGGCUCUUGGUCUACUCAUCCACGGAUUGCGGGCCGAACAACCUUUGUCAACUGGUAUCAACGUAAUUACCCCUACGCUUGGGUAGGAGCGCGUCUUGUACGUGACAUUUGAAGCAUGGAACUUGCUUCAUCCGAUAGCGUUACCGUAUGAGGUCGAUAUGACUCUGGACGUUCAUUACCACUUAAAACUUGAUG